AUGGGAUAUGUGCAUAAAGAUUUGCACGGUGGAAGUAUAGAAGUAAUUACCAAUGCAACCAAUGCAACUGCAUAUAUCUCUGAUUUCAAUAUGGCUAACAAAAUUGAGCAAGAACAUGAGGAUAAAGAAAUAUACGGAGUGUUGCCCUACGUAGCUCCCGAAGUUUUAAUGGGUCAUGGAUAUACAACAGCAUCGGACAUUUAUAGUUUUGGUGUUAUAUUAAGUGUAGUCUCUACAGGAAUUGGUCCUUUUGAUGAUCGCUCAUUUAACUUUGAAUUGGUACUAGAGAUA